AUGUCUGACUGCAACAAUACCAGCCCUACUGACAAGACACUUGCAGAAAGCACAAAUGCUGCAUUGAACAUUACCGACACUGCUGCUUCCUCAAAGAAACCUGCUGCUUGUGGAGGAGGUGGUGGUCCUGCAUUCAACUUCAAAUCGUCCUUCAACUUUGGUGCUUCAGAGUUUGUGCCCACAUGGUCUGUACCUUCUACUCCUGCCCCCGCCAAGGCGGUUUCGCUAUCUCUUGGCUCUUCUAAACCUGUUUCAGAGGCGGCUAAACCGGUCUUGGAAACUGCUAAACCUCUUCCAGUAGCUGCUCCAGCUCCAAAGGAAGAAAAUGUUGCCAAAAAAGCAGUAGUCCCUACUCCAGUUCCAGCUCCUGUUGCUCCAGUCAUUGAUGAGCCCGAAGAAGAGGACAUUCGAUUGGGCGAAGGUGUCAAAAAGCAUCUCAACAUUAUUUUCCUCGGUCAUGUCGAUGCUGGUAAAUCUACUAUGGGUGGUCAUAUUUUGUUUCUUACUGGAAUGGUUGAUAAACGUACUAUGGAGAAAUACGAACGUGAAGCCAAAGAGUUGGGUCGUGAAUCAUGGUAUUUGUCAUGGGCAUUGGAUCUCAAUCAAGAAGAGCGUAGCAAGGGUAAAACUACAGAGUAUGGACGUGGCUACUUUGAAACUGAACAACGCCGAUUCACCAUCAUUGAUGCACCUGGCCAUAAAACAUUUGUUCCAAGUAUGCUGGGAGGUGCUGCUCAGGCCGAUGUCGGUGUGUUGGUCAUUUCUGCUCGAAAAGGAGAAUUUGAAACCGGUUUUGAAAAAGGUGGACAGACUCGUGAGCAUACUCUACUUGCCAAAACAGCCGGUGUCAAACGUCUUAUUGUUGUAAUCAACAAGAUGGACGAUCCUACUGUCCAAUUCUCCAAGGAGCGAUACGAUGAAUGCGUUGGAAAAAUUAUGCCCUAUAUCAAAGGUGUUGGCUAUCAGAAGGCUGACAUUGAUAUUAUGCCUGUAUCUGGGUUUACUGGUGCCAAUUUAAAGGAACCUCUUGAUUCCGCCGUAUGUGACUGGUACACUGGCCCAACCUUGCUGUAUCUCUUGGAUAAUAUGAUAAUUGAUCGCAAGUAUUCUGGACCUCUCAUGAUGCCUAUUGCCGACAAGAUGAAGGACAUGGGCACAGUUGUUCUUGGCAAGAUUGAAUCUGGUUCGGUUAAAAAGGGCCAAACGAUUAUGCUCAUGCCCAAUAGGCGCACGGCUGAAGUCACUGCUAUUAUGCAGGAAGAUUCAGAGAUUACGGUUGCCAUGACAGGCGACAAUGUGCGUGUCCGUCUUAGAGGGGUUGAGGAAGAUGAUGUUAUGUCAGGCUUUGUCAUGUGUCAGAUUAAAAAGCCAGUCCAUUCUGUCUGUGCCUUUGAAGCUCAAAUUGCUAUUAUUGAGUACAAAAGUAUUAUGUGUGCUGGAUACUCUGCUGUUAUGCACAUACACACUGCUGUUGAAGAGGUUUCUAUCACUUCUUUGAUACAUAUGAUUGACAAGAAAACAGGCCGAAAAUCCAAGCAUCCACCCAAGUUUGUGAAAAAAGGAGAUUCUGUAAUUGUUCGUAUCGAUGUGUCGCAGAGCGUGUGUGCAGAGCCAUAUGCCGAAUAUCCUCAGCUUGGCCGGUUUACGCUGAGAGACGAAGGCAAGUAG